AUGGCUCGCGGACACCAGAAAAUUCAGUCACAAGCUAAAGCUGCGGAAAAGAUGUCCAAAAUGAAGAAACAGCAGGGGCACAGUGCCACCGACCAGAAGAAAGCUGCACAAAAGGCACUUGUCCAUGUUUGUGUGGUUUGUAAGGCCCAGAUGCCUGACCCUAAGACUUACAAACAGCAUUUUGAGAACAAACACCCUAAGAACGAUCUACCAGAUGACUUGAAGAAUAUCUAACACAAUCAGUAUCAUCUAGAUUUGUAUUUAUUUAUCACAUAAAAACUAUGACUUUGC